CCGGGCUCCGCGAGCUGACGCGCGGCGGGAGCCGUUCCCCGACGGGCAGCGGGGCGCUCGGCCGCCGCGUCUGGGCUGAGCGCCGCGACGCCGCUGCCUGAAGUCCUCCCGGAUCUUGAGGCGUAUGGAACCUCAAGGUCUUUGUGACAAUGGAAACCAAAAAGUUGAUUGGUAAGCCGCUUCAACCAGCAAGACCUGUUCGUCAUCUGACUUCUCCACCAGGACCAGUGUUUCCUUUCAACUUUCAAAAUGAAUAUCCAUGCAACACUCAGUGCUUACAAAGUGGAGUUAGCAGAUGUAAGACGAAUGGAAUGCAAGCCUUUUCUCAAGGUCUUAAUGAACAGCAGCAACAUCAGUCUCCAGUUAAGAAAGAGAGAAUUAAAUACAGCAGAGAUUUCCUGUUGAAGCUCUCAAGUGUUUCCAUCUGCAGGAAAAAACCAGACUUUCUGCCUGAUCAUCCCAUUGUACUUCAAAAACCAGAAAACAACCAAAGUUUUAAGUAGCAUUUUAAGAACAGAUGAAUAUGAAGAUAAAGAAUUAUUCGUUUUAUAUUUUGGACACCUGAAAAUGAAGUGGAUCUAGUAACAAUAACUGUAAUGGACUGUGACAAUUCAAUUUAUUUUUAAUUUUGAUGGUUGGCUAUUUGGCUUCUCCUAAAAUGAAAAAGAGAUAUUUUAAUCUAUAAAGAAUUUUCUAAUCAGUUUCAGCUUUGCAGGACGUUUCCUGCAAAAAUUGGGAAAUAACACUGGAAAGUAGGAAUUUGGUUAGUGAAGUGGGAAGACUGUAUAAUUUGCAUGCUACUUGCAAUUUUUUGUUUUUCAUCACUUGUAAUAAUGGAAUGGAAAUGUAAGCUGUAAAGAUUCUCAAAUAUAAAGUAUUUGCUACGAUGUAUAUAUGGUA